CCGGGGUCUAUACGUGCAUAUUGUAUCAUUGGACAUGACGACGUUGGACGUGUUCGGUCGCAAAAUUCCUCAGUCAUACUCCGAUCAGGAUUUUCACAAGGACGUGACGGCAUUCGGCAGGCCUGGCUACGGAGCGCCGCGACGAACGGUCUCUGGAAAUCUCAUCACCAGUCUCCGAAUGGAUCCCGCCAUACGGUACAACAACGAAACGGAUUACUCCUACUUGGAGCGAUACGAGAGGAAGUCCCGGACCCGGAUGAACGCGGAAAAGGACGAAGGAACGGACCAGGAUGGAUCUUUCCUUUCGAAUCCGAGUCCCCCGACCACGAGUUCUCCACCGCAAGAGAGUCCACAGUAUGCGUCCACUCCUCCAACCGAAGGCGCCACUGCGAACGGAACCGGUGAGGAGACUCCCCGACCGAUAACGAUGGAAUCCUUCGAAUCCCAUUCGUCGAACGAGAUUCGACCGACUCGACCUCGCCCUCAGUAUCUCAUCCACCGCCGAGACCUCCUCGAAAAACUGGGAUGGCUGGAUUCCAACCGAGACGAGUGGAGCGUCACGCGUUACCGGGAGGCGUUGCAGAAGCACAUCGCCGAUGCCAUAAAACGGAGGAAGGAGGAAAAGGAGCGGAAUCGGUCUGAGGGGAGCGAGGACCUGGCAUCCGUGCUUCAGACGAAGAAAGUGGGGAGACCGAGACGAGAUCCGAAGACGGGGGAAUUGACGAAUCCUUUGGGAUCCACGGACAUCACCGAUCAAAGGAAAGUCGGAUCUCAGGAAAAGGGUUCCUACGAUUUCAUGAAACACGAUCCCGCCCUCUAUCGACAGUCCCUCCGCGAGCAGGAAGAAUCCAAGCAUCUGGAAACCAAGAAGCGACACGAGGAAGACCUGGCCUGGAGCGCAAAGCACACCGAGACCUGGGCGGGAUUCUGGGGCCGACCCGGCUACGGAGCCCCGAUCACCGGCCGCUCCAAACGGAGGAACCUCUGGGCCAUGCUCGCCGGGAUCCCACCCUCGACCCCAACGGGCCCUCGGGCUCAAUCCUCUUCGGGCUCUGGCAACGGCCAGCAGGUAGCCGCCCCUCGCCCUCCCACCUCCUCCAUCCAACUUUAUUCCAAUCGGCUUCAAGACGGUCCUCGUUCUCGAACGUUUCGUUUCGAUCCCCAGGGUCUGGGACUUAAGGGGAAAGAAGAAGAAAGGGGAGUCCGUCGCUACGUGGUGCAGAUCCCGAACAGCAGAGCGGAGAACCUCUACGAAUGCGAUUUGAAGAAACCCGUCACGACGAAAGAAUUUCUCACCUACGUCCCUUUCGCUACGAUCGUUUGA